GCCGCCACGCCCACAGCAUGGAAACAGCCCUAGUCCGCACAUUGACCUGUCACAAUGCAGGAGACAGGCAGGCAACUGUAGCGAGGAUGGAGUAUGUUCAUUUGGCAAAAUAAAGAAAAGUUAAAUUCGUAACUGUCUAAUCUCCAGAGACGGGAAGGGGGAUUCAUUAUCGACGUGUUUGCGUUUUGGUUUUUCAUCCACUUGCGGCCAUGGAUGGCAAUUCUAUGGAAAAGCCGGUUAGAUCUACUAUGGGAGUUGUUUUUCUGCUGGUAGAAUACUGAGACCGAAGCUACCUCCGUCAUAGUGUAAAGGGAUCGACCCUGCGGGAAGUCCUGUCGUCGUACUUGUCAUAUUAUAUUUGAAUGUCACCACUAUCGCAUUGGCGUUCAAUUUGAGAGGAUAUGGAUCAUUUCGCCGCUGAGUGCCUUGUGUCAAUGUCCAGCCGGGCUAUCGUACAUCCUAAAGACAACAGAGAGUUUAAAACCGAACCGUCCUCCUGCUCUCCAGGAAACCAUGGAGAAGAGUGGGACCCCUUGGUCAAAGACAACUCUUCCCUGUUCGUGGUGGCCAGGAUUCUUGCGGAUUUUAACCAGCAGGCAUCUACGGCUACUACCAAUUUUGCCGAGCAGGCAAAAAUAAAAGAGGAGUGCGUGUCGCCAGCUACAGUCAGUGAGGAUGGGAGUACAGCCACACCUAUCGAUAUGAGCGCCGCCGCCGACCAUAACACUGCCGGUCGCGCACCGAGAGCCGGUAAACGUGUCAGAGGACGAUCCGAACCCGAAUCGCCUCAGAAAAAGCACAAAUGUCAUUAUUCAGGUUGUGAAAAAGUUUACGGAAAGUCCUCCCACCUGAAAGCGCACCUAAGGACACACACAGGUGAGCGUCCGUUCCCUUGCACCUGGCCUGAUUGCAACAAGAAGUUCGCCCGCUCCGAUGAGCUGGCUCGCCACUACCGCACCCACACCGGGGAGAAGAAGUUCGGCUGUCCCCUCUGCGAAAAGCGCUUCAUGCGGAGCGACCACCUGAUGAAGCACGCCCGCCGCCACUCUGAAUUCCAGCCCGCCAUGCUGAAAAGGCCGUACAGCUGCGGAGGCGGGAUGGGUGUGGUUGGUGGUGGCACGCACCCCGGAUCGCUCAGCGACUACAACAGCCGCUCCGACGCGUCCAGUCCCACCCUGAGCCCCACCCCCAGCCCCACCCUCAGCCCAGCUAACUCGCCUUAAAGCACGCCUCCAGCACUUUCAGGCUCCGCCUCCGACGCUCACAUAGACCCCCCCCCCCCCCCCACACACACACACACAAGACACACCCACAGACCGGACACACCCCCAGACAGGACACACCCCCAGUCUCUUUCAGACCUUCUCCACUGCAGGGUUUGGGUUUUCCACCGGGUUCCCAUGGAAAGUCUCAGUCCACUCUGGUGUUUCAAUGGAUGUAGCCUAUAUGAGCCGUAACAGUGGACAAAGGAAGGGAUCCGCUGAAGGGACAUAACCCAGUUUCACUGAGUCUUUUUUACCAUGACAGUGGUGGUAGAAGGGAACCUGUCAAGGGAACGGAUCACCUGUACCUUGUUCUAAAAUCUAAAUUCUGACUUCAGUGGGACCACACCCACACACCCCCAGCAACCACUCUGAUUGGUUCCUUUGGUCAGUAGGGUCCUAACUAGGACCUCCCAUUACGUGUAUUGCACAGUUUCCUAGCUACCUUUGCCAAUGCUUUGUCUGCUUGCUGUACAGUACUGUCUUGUACAACAUUUACUAUACUGCCUAUUGUAUUCUAGUGCAAUCAUUUUAGUAGAAAAAGACAAAAAGAAUGCCUCAGAUGGCGAUAUUUCCGUAGUAUAGAAAUGUUUAUGUACAGUUUGUUUUUAAAGCCUCUCGUCAGAUUGUUAAGAUUGUUUCAUUUAAUUUCUGGUUCCUAAAGUUAAACAGAAUCUGUUGAGUAAGACGUGAUUGAAUGGGAUGCUAAAUGAAAUGGCUAUGGGGAACACAUUUACAGCUCAGGAUUCUAAAGUAGUUUAUUUCUUUAUCCAUUUAACUUGACUGCACAAUACAGACAUCACUUUACCCUGAAAUUCAACCCAUGUUGAAUCUUCUGUCCUGCUCAGGGAAGGCCUUGAUAGCUUGAAAGAAUGAACAAAAUGAAGACAUCCAAGCACACGCAGACUCACACACACACACACACACACACACACACAUACACGCACACACACAGAUGAACCAGCCUUACACUCAAAUGUAAUUGCUAUCCUCUCCUCAUAGAUACAAAUUUGUGUUUUCACAGAGAAACAUUGGAAAUAGUCAUUCUAACAGUUGUAUUUCAUUUAUAUCGUGACGACAUGAGAGCAAAUAGGAACAGUUCUUGGACUGAAAGCCAUUCUACUAAACAUAGUAGUUGGACACUGAGCUGCUCCAUGCCCAUAUCUCUGACGUCCGUUUCCUACAUCAGCCAUUUCUAACAUAUUUCAGCCCAUGGUCUCAGCACUCUAGUCAGGCACCGCCUGCAGAUGGGCUAGGGGCCCUGGAUAGGAGCUGCAUGACUGUGUCGGGGAACCACAGUAACAGGAAGUCGUGUGUGUGUGUGACACAUAAAGCGUCUUCAAAGAAGAGUGUGUAGUAGAGCGCCCCGUCAGAUAUGAUCUUUCAUAACCUCAGUCGGCAAAGGUGUGUGGUUGCUUCCCUUGUCAUCUCUGACACCUCGAACCAAUGUGAUUGCACAAAUGCGUCAGAUGCUUGAUGAUGUUUGUCGCAUCUGUAGUGUCCCUGGUUUCCAGUAGAUCAGUGGCUCCCAACCAUUGUGAUUCUGUAGUAGGGCAAAUCAUGUCUGAGAUUUUAAAGUGGAAAUUACAAACACUUGAUUCUUCUUUAAACCUGGAAUGCACUGAAGGUCUGGAAUUGUCACCUGUGUAGGUAAAGUUCUGCGAUGACUGGAUGAUCAAAUUGAGAUGUAGCAUCUGUGGUGUAGACAGAGAUUAGCAGGGUGAUUAUAAGAAUCCCUAUAAGAACUGUUGUGGUAUAAUCAAAAAACUAUCUAUCCCUGGUAAUCUGUUAAAGGAAACACCCACUGAGAUCACAUUGAGAACCUGUAAACUGGCUCACCCCCCUCUCAGCUCCUAAAUGUCCCUGAGAAAGCUUGACAGGCAUCAAGGAAAGGCAUGUUGAGAGACGUCCAUUUCUUUCGGUUUGGAUCCGUUUAAUCCUGACACUGCACCCCUCGGUUACCUCAGAAUGACGCACUGAGAAUGGACUUACUGAAGCUCGACAGGCGUUGAGGGAACAGUAUAGGCACUCGUGGCGGGAAACACCAGUUGAUAGUCUGGGUUAAUCUUGAGUAAUGUGACGUACAGAAACUUGACAUAGUCACGCAGGAUGAACAGUGCCAAGGAGUGAAAAUCUCCUUAUGAAUGUAGCGGUUAAACAAGUCAUGUGGUGGGUUGCCUGCAGAUGCACUGAGAAUUCUUUCCUCAGCAGUUGUUCUCUCUCUCAAACUUGACGAUCCGAUUGGCCUCCACGUGAAGUCGUAGGUUUCAUAACUAGGCCUUGUCUCAAGUGGCGCACUGUUCCUAUGUACUGCACAACUUUAGAACAGGCUCUGUGCAAAAGUCCUGCACUUAGCUGGUGCUAUGGUGUCGUUUUGGGUGUGGACUUACCUGUAGUCUACCACUAAAACUGUCUCUAGCCUGCCUCUGAUUCACAACAUUCUCAAACCCCGUGCUCGGUUUAUAGCCGUGUAAAGUCGCGUUGACUUCAGUUAGCUGUAGGAAGCAGAUUACCUCAGCAUGUUCUUUACAGCUGCUUUAGCGCUAUCUCAUCACUAUAAACAGACUGUGGACUCCCUCUCAUAAAGAUGUUGUUAUAUUUUACGGCGUUUCCCUGUGAUCGUACUGAUGAAAAUAAAAGAUGGCAUCCCAAAUGCCACUCCAUGCCCUAACUAGUGCAAACCUUGGACCCGAGCUCCGUUGGGCCGGGUCGAAAGUGGCGUAGCAUGUUGUGAGUGAGGCGUCAGCUGAGACGUGACCUCACUGCCGAUUGCUUUUUUUGCUUUCUACAGAACUACGGGCGGGUUUCCAUGCUCCGUCGGCAACGUUUCUUUGUCCACCAACGAAAUGUUCAGGAAUAGUCGUCUUGAGAAUAGAGGACCGAAUUAGCUUUCAGGAAAGUGGUGCUUAUGUCUUCACUCAGUAUGAAAAGACGUACUGUAAAUUAUGGCCAGGCUAAAAUAAUGCUCCCGUGUUCAAAAUAGUCUGAGGGGUUUCUGCUUCCUCUUGUAUAAAUCUUGUUUAGGGUCUUAGCUUAGCUCCGUGGUCUAAGCUGAGGUCCUUGGCUUGGGACUGGUUGCAUGCCUCAGAGUUGGCUUUCAGUAAAAGGCUAACCUCUCACACACACACACACACACACACACAAGCACAAGCACACGUACACUUUUACUUACAUAUAGACACACGCACAUACAUACACACACACACAGGCUAGCACACACAAACACACGCACACCCACCCACACACGCAGCUCAUCACACACGGAGACGAGUGAGUCCAGCUGGAGGGAGUUCUACGAACGCUUCAUAGGAGGAAGGAAACAGGUGCCGGGCCUGUGAAUGGACAGCCUUGUCCCCUUGACCCAGCCCCCCCCCCUCUCCCCCAGCCCAUAGCCUCCCCAUGGGCCUCUCUCUCUUCCCAGUCACCUAAAAGAAACCAGAAUCAGCUUUUCUCCCUCGCCUCCAUAAAAAAAACACCCCUUAUGAAAACACACGGCAUCACUCCUGCAGGCUGCCAGCUAGCCCAGCCAUAAACCGCAGUGGAACAACUCUUAGAACUGUCCUUUAACCGUUUGAAGACGGCUGGUUCAGCCCACUGUGUCUGACUCAUCACGGAAUUCCGCGGUAUACUAAAACCAGACAGAAGUGGAGGGACAGCCCUGUCGUGUUCCACAAAUAACUUGUUUCAUAAAGCAUUAACUGAGCAAGGACAUUUUUAAAUGUAUUUGUAGCUGCCAGGUACCUUUACAAUUACAUGGUCAUCAACCAACUGGACUUUUCUGUCUUUCACAUACAAUAUACACUGUGCACAUUUAAAACUUUCCGCACUACUUUGUGGGAUGCAGUCGUCCUAUCGGUCUAAUGCAUUGUAAGGCCUCAUCUCCAAACUAAACCCCUCCUUUCACAGUACCUCAGUUUGUUGUAAGUCGGGUCCGUCCGUUCAGUCAGAACGUGCCAUAUACCUCUUCAUCUCCGGAAACAGUUUGCACAGUCAGACAGACAUACAGUUUAUCAGUCAAUUCAGUUAUGAUUGUAGUUCUUUCAUCUCUUCAGUCUAGGUCAGUGUCAGCAUUCAUUCAGGAAGCGGAUCCUCUCAUGCCGCUCCUUUUCCCUCUUUUCCAGUACACAAUAUUCCUUUUACUGGCCGUCUAACAUAAGAUGGUCUAACCUGAACAGUGGAAAAAAAAACAGUGAGGCAAAGAGAUCCGUUUUGAAACAUACCCCUUUGAAACUGAAGUCCCAGCUAGGUUGUGUAGAAUUAACUGGGAGAUGCCAGGUGUGUUUUUUGACCAGCGCUGUAGAGUUUGAUUAUUGUAUUGACUAGACAUUGGUUUGUUAGAGUUCAAUCCUAUUUUCUUGCUUUCUGUUAUUAAUAAUGAGUAUUUGAUUUUUUUUUAUUGAAACUGCUACGUUGAUAUUUUGUGUUUUGUACAUUUCGUUAUUAUCACUGAUGCGUGUCCACAGGUUCUUAAUUGAUUUGCUACAUUAUUAAAUUGUUCUCAUUCUUGAUUGAUGUUAAACAUGAUGUCAGAACAUUUUUCAUGGUUCCUUGGAGACUGUAAAUCUUGUCUACUACACAAAGAUAAACAAGUGAUGUAGCAGGGACCUAAUUCAGGAAGUUGUCAUUUCAGAGGAAAUUAAACCCAACUGUUCUGAACAUUAUUUGUCAUCUCAUACUCUUGCAGACACUGAUGAGUAACCAUAGAAACGACAGCUGUAAAAUGCACUAUCUCCCUGCAGCCUUUUAUCUCGGCUGAGCAUAUUUUACAAUUCAACAUGUCCUCCGCCAUGACUUUCAGAAUAUGCAUUCUUGGCUUUUCAGAGUUUCUAUCCAGGAGGUGAACACACAACGGCGAAGGUCAAACUCAUGCCGCUAAAAUAAAUGACUGUGGCUCCCAAGAACUGGAGGAAACAUUUAUUCCUCUAAAAAAGACUUCAGGUUUAUAAUUUUCGCUACAUGCAAUGCUUUCAUUUCUUCUUAGACCCCGUUUGGAGUUGAAUAUUAAGUAAUUAGUCUACAGUCUCCACAAUGGCUCUGUUGUUCUUUUGAGAUUCUGGUGUAUGACUGAUUUCAUAGGAUUUAAAUGCGUGCCAAAGGCAAACAAAUCAAAUUAGUAAUCAUUCCAUAAUAAACCCAGCUAUAUUAAUCCUUGACGGUGUAGCACGAACACCAUUUUACAAUUCUGUUAGUCGCCAAUGCCUGUGUGAGGACAUUCAAACAAGAUGCAGAGCUCAAAUAUGUAAAACGUUGCUCUUCACUGAAACGUGUUUACUUCAAUCUCACUGAUGACAGACUCAUUGUCUCCUGUCAUGUUCACAAGGUUGUAUCUAUAACAGUGUGUCCUGUUUCUGACAUGGUCUGUGUUGCAUAAACGUCUUAGAUAAAAGGGUAAAAGCAUUCUUGGUACCCAUUAUCGGGGGUUCUAGGUGGAACAAUUCACAGGGGGUUCUAUUAAGAGCCCUACCUAAGGGUUCUGCCUAGCACCAAUGACGUUGGGGGGAAACCGAAGAACUCCAUACGGCUCGACAAAGCGUCAUUUUCCUCUCAGAAUGUUACGCAGCCAUAACAGCCAUCAACUGUAGUAGAAUGUCGACAUGCUCUUUACAGGUGAAUUCCUAUUCCAAAGGACUUUAAUGUUUUAUUCAUGCCAUGUACUGCUUACUUAUUAUCAAUCCAAUUUAUUUGAUCCACCAUCAUUUAAUGUAUUGUAUUUAUUUUGAACUCUGUACUUUAUUUUUGACUGUGAUUCAUGUUACCUUAUAAGUAAUAGAUUCAUUAUCAACCUCUGCUCUCUUUCUUAGUUUGUUUAGUUUUUUUUUUUUUUUCUUUAUAAUAAUGAAUUUAUCCCUAGCUAGCAGAUUUAUGCGCCGAUCUAGUGGUGUUACUCUCUGGAAACAAGAUGACAGUUGGUCAUACUAAAGACAUUCUCCGACCUCAGGAGUUGAUUAUCUGGAGAUCUGUCAUUCCGAUACAGGGCUGUACAUGAUUAGGGAACUGAUGUCCUUUAAUAAUGUCAGCCAACGAUAUAACAAUAAUUUUUUGUAUGUCACAUGAUGUCAGACUUGGGUGGCGUCAUAGCGUGGAUUUAUGUGGUUGUAUUAUUAGUCAUAAACCACUUUCCUGAUGUUCUAUACCCACUCUUAUAAUCAUAGUAACUGACAACAAGCCCCACAGCCCCUUCUGAUAAUAAAUGUACUUGUUAUUAUAGAAUUUGACAGCAAAGCCUACAGAUAUUACUGAUAAUCACCAAAGUCCUCAGGUACGGAUGGUUGUUGAUGAUUACACGCCGCUUCGUUACAGCGUAAUAACACAGAAUGUCAUUGCUAUUACUGUGGCUUCACGGGCUUUUCCCAGUAGGUGUAGCUGUUUGAGACCAUGCCACUCAGGCCCUGUUUAUUCCCGCUUCCAACAUGGGCCUUUUGUUCUGAUCAUGUCCAGAUUUUGUCAGACAGUGAUAACUCUGCGACAUCAAAACCGAAAUAAAACUCUGAUGUUGACCUUUCUACUAGUCAGUUAAAGGGGCAAUCAGCAGUUGAUGCAGCAGUAAAAAAUAUUUUUACUUAUCUGCCCGUUCACCAAUGCCAACAACAACACAUUAGCAAUUUAUUCAUUUAAUUGUAAAACCACACAGCUUUGCACGGAGUUGUUGGUUUUCAAGUCAUGAAUAGGCUUUUUCUCCACCUUGACAAAUGUCAUAUUUUAAAGUAGAUCUGGAAUGGCGCCUUUGAAUCUUGUCCAUUUACAAAUCGGAUGACAGCGAGAUAAUAUUUUGUAAUUUUAUUUAUCAUCCUCAUCAUCUAAACAUUUGUACAUUAUCAGAAUCUGGACAAGAUCAGGAAAAACACACCAUUGAACCAGGUAUAAAUGGGGUACCUGUGUGUGGGAACUUAAUGAAUGAAAGACAUCAAACCAUUUCUGUACGAGUGUCCAAAAAUCCUGAUUUUCAAAUUAAUAGAAUUUUUCUUAAGUGGGUUCAGAACAAUUUGCUCAUGCUGAACAAAAUGAUCCUUCGGGUACAAUAGCACCAGUCAUUAUACUACCAUUGAAGUGAGGCUUUGAGAACUCACAAGAUAACAGGAGGUCUGGGAAGACAUGUUUCCCAUAUGUUCUAAUGAUGACCUUGUUGUGUUGCUUUUAGAGCUCAAGCAGUAGCAUUAUCCUUGGUCUUUACAACUUCAUGAUUUCGUAUGCACUUCAGCAAGACACCGUCUCACUGACUAAUGGUCUGAUGUCCAAUAAUGACUGUGGUCUGAAACGGCACCCUGUGGUCUAUAGUUCACUGGUCAAAAGCAGUGCACUUCUAAAAUGAAAUAGAGGUCCCGUUUCACGAGACUGAUGUCCAGUGAAAUUCGUCAACUAGGACUGCUGAAGUCUGUAUGAGGGGUUACAUUGUAGUUCCUCUGGACUCUUUUCGACUGGAACGGGUAGGAAUGCUGUGGUUCUCCUCCUGGUUGGUCCGGAUCUGUUGACACCUCGUUUGAUCGGGCAGAUGUACAAACAGCCGUGGCUGCCAGGAGAAAUAUGAGGCUUGAAGUUUUGAUUCAGGUGAAAAUAAAUCUGAAAUGAGGCUACGCCGCUUGGUUGGACAAUGUGGCCCAGUGUAGCUACUAAAUGAUCCUCGUUGCUGGCCCGCCCGGGCUCAGGUGGUCACACGCCGAACGCCCAAAAGGUCAAUGUGGUGGUGGGCGGGAAACACAUUACGUCCGAUACGACUGAAUGGGCCUGUCGCCAUCUGUCCUCGCCCAUUAACUUAUCAGAACUAACCGAACUGGUCUGAUCCAUUCAAGUCCGGUCCCUGCUUUCCUACUUUGCAAACCGUCAGUAGAACAAUAACCCAAACCAGUUCUUCUACCGUCCCAUUGUGAUAACUUUUUUUGCAAUUUCAGGAAGAAGCAGAGUUAAGUUUGUGCUUCUUGAAUGGCUGAAUACCCCGGGGUUUUUUGUGUGCAUUGAGAAAGCCUGUUUCUACAUUACCAAUAGUUGCCUGUGGUAGAGUCGUUAGCCUGAUGUCAUCGCACCAGUGGUUGUAAAUUAAUAUGAAAUCUGUAGAAUCUAUACUUAAACUAUGAUCAAAUUUGGCCAGUUUCCAUGUUUGUCUUUGCCGACCACAGCUACGCUGCAAUGUAACCAUAUGCAGCUCUAAUAAAAAAACUGUGUGGAGGUAUCCCGAGUGUGCAGGUUCAUUUGUACAUCAAUGUACGCUUAAAUAUACAAAUUAUUGACGUGUCUGAUGUUGUUCUCUCUGCUGUUCUUCACAAUGUUAUUUUUUACUCGGUAGAUCCAAACACAAUGAUAUUUUGUGACGACUGUGUCCUAUGCAAAAUACGAAAAAUGAACAGGAUUGUACAAAACAAUGUUGUGCUGUCUUAACCUGUAUGCAUGAAUUAGUGAAGUUUACAUUUGGAAAAUAAAUUCGUAAAUAUGCAUUUUU